GUUAUGUUUGAAAAUCAAUGAGAAGAUAAAUAUAUGUAAAGUGUUUUGAGUUCCUUGGUAGAAAGGCACUAUAUACAUUAAAGAAUGUUUCAAACAAUUAAAGACUGGUUCUGGUUGGAAGAAUUAUGGCUUCCUCCCACAAUGAAAUGGUCAGAUCUUGAAGAUCAUGAUGGACUUGUCUUUGUAAAACCUUCUCAUCUAUAUAUAACAGUUCCCUGUGCUUUCCUCUUGUUGCUCAUCAGAUACUUUUUUGAAAGGUUUAUUGCCACACCUCUAGCAAAGACUUUGGGCAUAAAAAAGAAAAUCCCAAAGAAGAUUCAGCACAAUCCUGUCUUAGAGAAUUUUUUCAUCCAGUCCACCAGGCAGCCUUCCCAAAAUGACCUAUAUGGUCUAGCAAAGAAGUGUAACCAGACUGUACAACAGGUUGAAAUAUGGUUUAAGAGACGACAUAAUCAAGAAAGGCCUUGCAGACUAAAGAAAUUCCAGGAAGCUUGCUGGAGAUUUACGUUUUAUUUAUUCUUAACUAUUGCUGGAAUUGGAUUUCUAUAUGAUAAACCUUGGCUUUAUGAUCUGUGGGAGGUUUGGAAUGGCUAUCCAAAGCAGCCAUUACUACCAUCUCAGUACUGGUACUACAUUUUAGAGAUGAGUUUUUAUUGGUCUCUGCUGUUUAGUCUUGGUUCUGAUGUCAAGAGAAAGGAUUUUCUGGCCCAUGUCAUCCAUCAUCUGGCUGCUUUAAGUUUGAUGAGCUUCUCUUGGUGUAUUAAUUAUAUUCGUAGUGGGACAUUGGUGAUGCUUGUCCAUGAUGUUGCUGACAUUUGGCUUGAGUCUGCUAAAAUGCUUUCUUAUGCUGGAUGGACGCAAACAUGUAACACUCUAUUUUUCAUCUUUGCUGCUGUGUUCUUUAUUACCCGCCUAAUAAUUUUCCCCUUCUGGAUUUUAUAUUGCACAUUGGUUCUACCUCUACAUUAUCUUAAGCCUUUCUUUUCAUACAUUUUCCUCAAUGUGCAACUCUUGAUCCUGCAAGUCCUUCAUCUCUACUGGGGUUACUAUGUACUGAAAAUUCUCAUAAAAUAUGUAUUGAAAAAGGAGAUUGAGGAUGUAAGGAGUGAUGGUGAAGAAGAGUCUGCUGAAGAGGAUGAACCAGAGUGUUUGAAGAAUGGUCAUGGGAGAGUCAGGAAUCCAAUUCCCAAUGGUCAGCCUGGUCAUUAGGUCUGAGCCCCACAGUCCCUCAUGUAGUGCUAUCUGAUUCUCAUGGGGGCAUCUAACUCAAAAUGCUGCAUAGAACUGAGAAUCACAAGCUCUUCUGUACCACGGAUGGAUUUAUUGCUGCUUACAAGGCCUUGAGAAGAGCCCAUUUCCCCAGUGUGCCUCCUCCUAUCCCACCAAAAUUUUUUCUUAAGGAAAAUUUGUCAAUGGGCAGGUCAUCUUGAGGUUUUGUUCUUUUAAUGUUUAAACUGGUGUGUGAAACAUUACCUAAUUAUUUUACAACAUUUAAGGCUUCAGUUAGGCAAGGAUUUUAAAAGUUUCUUCAGAGAAAGGCUUAAAUUAUGAUUAGGUUAAUCUUACAUUUCAGAUAUUUUGAUUUUUAGAAAUCUGUCAUUCUCUUAUCCCCUUACCUCCACAACCUGACCGGUACUUACCUAUGAUUUUGGAAGUGUUAUCAGGGUUUCUUCACAUAAGCUUUAGUUAUAGUGAGGAGAGACUUGGAAUGUUGUUCAGUUUCCAUGAUAAUUCCACACCUUUUGAAAGAGAGUUCAGCUUCUAUUUAGUCAGCCAUUCUAGGCAGGGAGAAAAGGAAUUUCCUCCUAAUGGCGAUAGUGUCAAGUGAACUUAUAUGGUUUUCCUUCUGGUAUCACAGAUAGCCAUUAAACACUGCUUUCUGGGUUUGGGUUUUUUUUUUUAGCAUCUUUAUCUUGGCCUUGCAUCAGACUAUAUGCAGGAAUUUUGUACUUAAGUGUUUUAUAUAGCUAUAAAGGACAUAAAAGUAUGAGCAACUGGAAGAGUAGGGGAGGGGAAGCUUCUGGUUGGAACCUAAUUUUACCAACAUGAAACAAAGUCACCCAAAUUCCCCAGUGUGGCUGCAUCCCUGAUUUGCCACCAUCAGGACUGAAGUCAGUGUAUCUAAGGGAAGAGAAGUAGGAGAACUGAGGAUAUACAUGAGGAAGGAUUAGAAUUUUAGUAUGGUAUUCUAGCUGGUAUCAUUUGUCCCACCUCCUUUUCUUUCAGGUUAUAUUUCCUAGUGGUAUUUAGUUCUUUCUGACUAUUAUGAGUUCUUAAUAUAAGAGGCAUUUACAGGACUAUCACUAGGAAACUAUGCCUGCCUAACAGAUACUGGAGGUGUUGUUGGACACACUGGAUCUCUUUUGAUCUGUAGGCUGUGGGUCUGUUAGUCAACAGCAGCAGUUCAUUGUUUCAUUCUGUGACUCAGUCUUCCAUGGAGUAUUCGAUACACAUCUAGUUUGUGGAUAGCAAACAGUCACCUAUCAACCAUUAAAGAAGAGGAGGACUUCCUUUCCUGCUUUUGCCUUCCCAUUUUGAAAAUACACUAUGCAAUUGAUCAAAUAUAUCAAAACUGAGUGGUCAAAAGAAGUCACUGGAAAUGGAACCUGCAUGCUAAACUGCCUCAUCUGCAUUAAGGAGGUAAAACUGUACUAAUAUUUCUUUUAAAAACUUAAAACAUUGGAAAUAAUAUGGAAAAGAUUGCAAAUCCUGGACAUAAAUGAGAUAAACCAAGGUGUUGGUGAGCUUAUUGGAAAAUCGAAUGGAUAUUCUGCAGGAUAUAUUGUUAUGGAAGGGGAAACUGCAAAAGGUAUUUUUGCAGUAUGGAGUAUUGAUGGGUUUCUUGGUGCUAGAGAAAUGAGCUAUCAUUCUUAAUGAGAAGUUCAUUCAAUCCAACAUGUAUUUAUUAGUGCAAGGCAUACAAAGACAAAAUAAAGAGUUCCUCUUCUCAGAUAGCUUUCAUUCUACUGGAGUUGCUUGGAAAACUCAUGUUUGGAGUCCUAUUGCCUUCAGACAAAUUCCCUGGAGAUUCGUUUUUAUGAUAUAAAACUAUUCUUGGAUUUGCUGGUAACCAGAACUUUACUUACAAGAGACUUUUUUUCUCACCAGAAUUAAUUUUUCCUUCAAUUGCUUUAAUUUUGUUUGUGUGCGUCAGUUGGUACCUUUACCAUCUCCCUUUGAUGAGUGACCUAGCAAACUCUAGCCACAGCAUGAAACCAAACCUGGAAGUAAGAUUGUAAAGGCAUUUACAUAAGGACAGCAGUGUCAUCCUGGAAUGUGAAGGACAUUGAAAAACCUCUGAAGACAUUUCUGAACCAAAAAUAUAAAAAGAAACAAAACUACUUUGGACCAUAACAAAGACCUUAAAAACAUUAUGACUGAAGAAAUAUUUUUGUGGAAUAAGAUCAUCAAAGAAAAUAGUCCAGCAAAGAGUAUAUCAUUUUCCAUCAUAAUAUUUGCUUCUAUGUACAUAAAAGCAUUUGUAAUAUAUGUUAUCUAUAUGCAAAUGUAUAUGCAUGUAUAUAGAGACAGAUACAGAGAAAUUCACAAACAAUUCCUCAUGAUUUUAGUGGAUUUUAAUGGGAGCAGGGGGAGAUACACACUUACGCCCUACUUUGCUGUCUUCGUUUAGGUAGCUAAUUCUUCUAGACAUCUUUUGCCUUGUCACAUAAAAUGUGCUUGCUUGUAGUAAAAUGUCUUCCCAAACAUAACUUGUGCACUAUUUCCACCCUUACUUUUCUAGUUUAAAAAUUAAACUACAAAUUUGAAAAGGAAAUUUGAUUAGUAAUUAGUUUGUAGGGUUUUUUUUUCUCAUUUUUAUGUAGAAGGUAAUUGAGAGCUAAAAUCCCAUUAGUUACAGAGAGCAUUGUGUUACUUUAAAGGGAAGUGUUCAUUUUUGUGAUUGAUUUUAAAGAUAACAAGUUUCUAUGGGGAAAAAUACAUAGGACCAUACAAAAAUAAGAGGUCAUAAAUAAUGCAAUCCCCAGUGUCAAGAAUUAUUGUUCUGAUGUUAUAG